CAUUUUUACAGGGAAGCUUGCUGGAGGGAGACAAUCCUAUCACACAAGGACCUUAACGAAUUACGGAAGUUUUUGGUGAAACCUAGUGUUUCUUUUACAGUUUCUGAUUCCAAAUGAGAAUAUACACUUUUCUGUGUUGGAUAUGCUGGGUAAGAUUUGGGUAUUUAAAUUUUCCAUCGAAAAGCAAUGGAGGGUCUAAAAAUCCCGAGAAUAAUAGAACAUGUCUUGAAUUCUCAAAGUCAAAUGCAAUGAAUUCCUUGAAAGAUUUAUUUUAUCCCACAGUAAAGAUAAAUCUGCUGAUGUACUCAAGGAACAAUGCUAAGUGUGCAGAACCACUCUUUGAGUCUAAUAACUCAGUUAAUGCCCGUUUCAACCCAUCGAAGAAAACCAUCUGGAUUAUUCAUGGGUACAGGCCGCUUGGUUCCACCCCAAUGUGGAUACAUAAGUUUACUAAGGCCUUUUUGAAACAGGAAGAUGUGAAUCUCAUUGUCGUAGACUGGAACCAGGGCGCUACGACUUUUAUUUACGGUAGAGCGGUUAAAAAUACAAGAAAAGUUGCGGAGAUUUUGAGAGAGUACAUUGAAAAUCUUUUGAUCCAUGGAGCAUCUCUUGACAAUUUUCAUUUCAUUGGCAUGAGCUUAGGGGCUCAUAUUUGUGGCUUUGUAGGAAAGCUAUUUCAGGGUCAACUUGGAAGAAUUACAGGCCUUGAUCCAGCUGGACCAAAAUUUUCUGGAAAGCCAUCAAAUUGCAGAUUAGAUUAUACAGAUGCAAAGUUUGUAGAUGUUAUCCACUCUGACUCCCAAGGUUUUGGUAUUCUAGAACCAUCGGGACACAUUGAUUUUUAUCCAAAUGGUGGGAGAAAUCAGCCAGGUUGUCCUACAUCUCUUUUGUCAGGAAUGGAUUACAUUAAAUGUGACCAUCAGCGAGCAGUUCACUUGUUCCUGGAAGCUUUUGAAACAAACUGCAAUUUUGUUUCAUUUCCAUGUCGUUCCUACAGAGAUUACAAGAGUGGUUUGUGUGUGGGCUGUGGGAAUCUUUACAAAGACUCCUGCCCAAGACUUGGUAUUCAAGCUAAUCUAUGGAAAGAGGAGUUGAAGAAAAAAACAGAGGAAUGGCCUCUAAGGACCACUGCAUUUUUGGAUACCAGUAGCCAAAAUCCAUUCUGUACUUAUUAUUUUGCUCUCAAUAUAGUCGCUUUGAAUGAAACUAUGAAGAAUGGCUCACUUUCAUUUGGUUUAUUAAAGGACCUUGGAGUAUUGGAAUACCCGAGGCUCUAUGUGAAGACCAUGCCAUUUGCUAAUCUUCAAGAAGUUAAGAUUCUUGCUCAGUUCGUAAAUGAUAUUGUGAAUAUUUCCCGCAUUUCCAUGACAUAUUAUCAGUCCACAAGUCCUUUCUGUCCCACAUGCGAGUACAGAAUAAAGAGUCUCGUGUUUAAAUCUCUCACACAUCCAGAAAGACCACCAAUUUGUAAGUAUGAUUUUGUACUUAAAGAAAGAGCCAGGAUAGAUCUUCAACCAGAUGAGUGUAAGAAACAGACGGGGUGAACGCCUUCUUUCUUCCAGUUUAAAUUAUGGACUGAGAAAAUUGUCAACUGGAGCAAUGUAAGCAGGCACAGACUAGAAUGGCUAGUCAAUCUGUGAUUAGGUAUAUCCAUUUUAAUACAUUUUAAAGAAUAAAAAUUAGAAAACAAAGUGUGCACACGCCAAAAAUGCAUUCUGCAUAUAUCCUAAAGCUGUUGUUUCUCCUUACCUGCUUCCUAAGUGAAAUUCAACAUCAAAUGUUUACAUCUGCUACUUAGCCUACUAAUAAGUGAGUAUGUUAAAGCACAGUUCCUAAGGAAAAUGAGAAGCUUUUUGAGUGCUUUGCAGUGGGGCAAAUUCAGUAUCACUGAACAUCUCUAUUAUGGAAAAACAGUUUUUUACAUUCGAAAAUAUGUUUAGUGAAAUAAGUUGAGAUUAUGUGAAUCUUGUGAAUAUGAAGAACUUGUUAUGCACUGCAAAUAACGACGUUGUGCUAGGGUGCUCAAUAAAUUAAUAUUUUAUGCACCUACCUGGCUUAAGAUGAAAUCCUU